CACUGAUUUUAAUGUUUUGGAAAACACAACAAUUUUCUUGAGGUCGGUAAACAAAAAUUGGAUAAUAUAAUCUGUUGCCGAAUAAUGGCUGAUCCGACUACCGAAAUGGACGCUGCAGUCAGCCCAAUGGAAAUUAAUAUAUCAAACAAAAAUCUUAGUUCGAUGAUAGUUGUGAACGACUUGCGUCUGCUGCAGCUAAUUUUUAAGUAUCCAUUUUUGUAUAGCAAAGCAGCACAGUCGGAGCAGGACUCAGACUACACCGAGUGGGCCUGGAAACAGAUUGCCGUGGAGUUUAAUGCCAGCUACGAGGACCUUCCGCUCAGUGCUCCGUUCUCCCCUGAUGAAUUGCAGUGGCGGUGGAAUAUGCUCCUACCAGUUAUUGGCGCCCUUUCGAAGGCGAAGGAGAUUCCCUUUCAACUGUUUACCAUUGUAACGGAGAUCGAACGCUCGCUAAAUGCGGAAAUAGUGGAGCCCCCCAUCGACUUGACUAUGGCCCAGAACUUUCUUCUCUCCCAGCUGCCAUUGGUGGAGUCAAUGACGAGGAUGGAGCGCCGCCGACUGGAAGCCGAGUUCCUCGACAUCAUAUUUCAACUCGAGCUGGAGACACGUGGUUCUGUGCCGGUAGGUCCCGAUGAGAAGGCCACAAUCAAAGUUGAAUAUGAUGAAUUUCUACGGUCUAUUCGGGUGAAAGAGCUGCCCAUAUCGGCUCUGGCACGACUUACGCUCGAAGGCUCUGAUAUCAAACCAGUCCAAGCAAACCAAUCACCAGCUUCUGCCACCCCAGGUUGCAGUAUCAAAACGUCAAAUCUGGUCAUUAGCAAUGUGUUUUGUGCCAAGGAUGUCAUUGAUAACCCGUCAACGAAGACUGUUGCCACACCGCAGCAAGGUUGCCCGAGCAAUUUGGUUGAACGUAUUGAUCACGCAGCGACUGAUUCAGCACCGAUUGGUGCCCAGAACGAAGCUAUUGAGCGCGCGCCGUCUGUUUCCCCGCCGCUGGACUUUAAGACAGAGGUGGAGGUGGCCAUUGCGGCCAUUGAGCUUGCCAUUGAGAUGGAAAAUAAACGGGGAAACAAACCAGCAGAGGUAAACCAGAAACAAGUCACUGCCGUAGACAAGCCCCAAGCUGAUGCCGCUCUAAUUGAGAAUCUGCGCUACAUACCGAUCAAGAGCGCCAAGUAUUACACAAAGAAAGUGCGCGUUCGGGUGAAGCGCAUUGAUCUGCACGACUUCAUGCCGUUGUCCAGCAUCGCAAGGCGCCCCAAAAGACGUAAAUCCAUUUACAUCAAAUGCACAUAAGUUUAUUUUAAAAAAUACAUUACUAUAAAUUAC